AUUUUAACAGGCGUCUUCCUCCUCCAUUACAGAUCACUGGCAGUGAACAGCUGUAUCAAACAACUGGAAUCACAGCUUGCGCGCCAAGCUUGAUUUCUGUUUCAUUAAUAAUAUUAUCACUCCUGGACCCACAAUUCCAAUUCCCCACAUACUCAGCGCCAUGGAGGCUGUCGUCCCUCAUGAAAUCACGGCAGAACUCACACAAAUCCUUGCCAAUCUCGUGCUUGGUGAUAACAAGAUACGCUCAAAUGCAGAACAGGCGGUUAAUGAUCGACUGGCUCAGACACCAGACUUAUACCUGCUCGCAUUGGCUCAGUUCUCUAUUGGAGCAGAUACCGAAGUGAUGCGAUCGUUCUCCCUUGUCUUAUUGCGCAGACUUCUGUUUCGUGCUGCACCGGGUCAGCAUACCAGAGAAGGGCGUCUAACGCUUUACGACCAGCUCCCAGCUCACGCGUUGACGACCCUCGAGCGUCUGUUACUUCACUCUCUGUCCCAUGAACCUUUAGAUGCCGUUCGCAGGAAAGCAGUCGAUACCGUUUGCGAUGUCGCAACCAAUUCCAUGUCUCGAGGGCGUCCAUGGCACGCCCUGCAGGCACAAACAUUCACCAUGACGCAGACAGGUGAAGCUGGCUUCCGGGAGUGCGCUUAUAGAUUGUUUGCCGGCUGUCCCAAUCUCGUAAUGGAUCUCCAGACAGAUGCCGUUCUGACGGUCUUCCGAAAAGGUCUUCAAGACCAGCAGAGUGUCGAGGUUCGGCUUGCUGCUCUCCGAGCCUCUGUAUCCUACCUUACUGCAUCUGAUCAACGGCAAUUGUCACAAUCGCUCUCACUGCUCUAUCCAAUGCUAGACACAUUACCUUCCCUCCCAAAUAUUCACCUUAAAUCAUUCCUCAGCUCGCUAACGCCAUUAUGCUCGUCUCAUCCCAAUCUCUUCGCGCCUCAUAUGAAUGCACUGCUGUCUUUCUUGCGCGGCUUGAUAAUGCCAAGCGUCGACUCGGGCCCGACACCCACAGUCGCUAAGCCAUUCCCUGGUACAUCAUCAAGCUUCACGUUCCCUCCUGGCGGGUCUGAUAGUCGGACCGCUGACGGCAGUGACGAAGCCACAGAGGACGAGGAUAAAGAGUCAGUCAGGAAAGCUGCAUUAGAAUUUAUGGUAAGCCUUACAGAGGCUAAGCCUACAUUGGCGAAGCGUUCGGAAGGAUGGACGGCGGCUAUGGUAAGAGCGUCUCUGGAGGGCAUGGGGGAGUUACCAGAAGACACGUUGGAUUCCUGGCUCGAGGCUGAUCCCUCAGAUGACGCACAGGAUGAGAAUUACCCUCAUGUAUACGAGCAAUCAAUCGAUAGAGUGGCUUGUGCUCUCGGAGGUAAAGCAGUGCUUCCUCCGGCAUUCCAAUACAUUCCGUCAAUGCUUGCCGAUUACGACUGGAGACUGAGGCAUGCCGGCCUGAUGGCGAUCGCAGCUAUAGCCGAAGGCACGAGCAAGGUGAUGCAAAUGGAGCUUGGGAAGGUCGUCGACCUCGUUACCCCGAUGUUCAAGGACGCACACCCACGUGUGCGGUAUGCUGCAUGUCACUGCGUUGGUCAAUUAUGUACUGAUUUGGAGGAAAUUAUUCAAGAUCGCUACCACGAGCAAUUAUUCGCCGCAUUGAUACCAGCCCUGGCGGCACCAGAACCUCGUGUACACUCGCAUGCCGCUGCUGCCCUGAUCAACUUUUGUGAAGGUGUCGAACGCGACACCCUCGUUCCUUAUUUGGACCCGAUCGUUGAGCGUCUGCUCAAGAUGCUCAAUCCAGGGGCUGAGGAUGGUAAAGUAGUUAAAGGUUACGUUCAAGAACAAGCUAUUACAACUCUCGCUAUGGUCGCUGAUGCCAGCGAGACAACGUUUGCCAAGCACUAUACUUCGAUAAUGCCUCUCCUUUUGAAUGUUCUCCGUAACGCCAACAGUUCUGACCAUUACAAGCUGCGCGCAAAAGCCAUGGAAUGUGCUGGUUUAAUAGCAAUGGCCGUUGGACGUAAUGUUUUCCGCACUGAUGCAAAUACGCUCAUCGAGCUUUUAAUCAAAAUUCAAAAUUCUCCUGUCGACCCCUCAGACACCAUGCUGCCCAACUUUUUGAUUGCUACCUGGGCUAAAAUUUGCCAAGCUCUUGGCACCGAAUUCGAGCCGUUCCUUCCUGUGGUCAUGCCCCCACUACUGAACGCGGCCAGCGCAAAAGCUGAUGUUUCGAUCUACGAUGACGAAGAAGAUGUCGGCGAGGCACGAGAAGGCUGGGAGACUAUCUCGAUGGACGGUCAGAUCGUUGGUAUCCGCACCUCGACCAUCGACGAGAAAUGCCAAGCGUUCGACACUCUCGUUGUAUAUUGCGCGACCCUCGGAGGCCGGUUCGCACCAUACCUCACUCAAAGCCUGGAGCUCUCCCUCCCCGCUCUAAAAUUCUACUUCCACGACGGCGUUCGCGAAGCUGCGAGUAGACUCAUUCCUUUACUUUUCACUUGCGGAAAGCAGAGCGGAACAUUGACAUCGCAGAUGGUCGCCGCGUCCUUCCUCCAGCUCGUACAGAGUAUCAGAGCCGAAACAGACCCUUCGUUUCUUUCCUCGUUGUAUAGAGCCCUCGCCGACGGGCUCCGCGUCGUUGGCAUUCCAGCGCUCACGCCAGAUCUGCAAGCUGCCCUCAUAGAAGCCACAAAGCACCAGCUUCAGACGUUCGCAGAUAAACGCAAGCGGCGUGCGGAGUCCCCAGAGGACGACCGCGAGGAGCUUGCGCUAUUAGAAGAGGUGGAAGAGUUUGCUCUAGAGGACAUGGAGAAGCUGCUCAAGAUGUUGGAUGGUCAGCAUCCACUUCUUGUGGCGAUUUCGAGUGUGAGAGAUUUAGGGUUUAACCAGUGGGACAGUGAAGAUGAGCGGGAUAGCGAUGGUUAGCGCACGGGAUGCGUAAUAAGUACUCAUACUAUGCAGUGGCUCCUAACAAGUUCUGUCUUCUUGUAUUAAUGAGGUGAUCAUGCUCUAUAAUUCCGCCUUGUAAUAAGUAUC